GAUUUCUUUGGGCUGGAGGGUCCCUACAAGCCAACACUCAUUGUGUGCCCGGCAUCUGCGCUCUCUGUGUGGAAAGAGAUGUAGCAAAGUUCCCAGAUAUGUCGCUACGCCUGUGGGUAGGCUCUCCCUCUAAGGCCUCGCCUGGCGAUAGGCUAAUCACACUAAACAAGCUCCCGGACGCCCUUAAGGAACAUGUUGGACAGUUCAAGGACAACGACCCGAGAACGGCCCUACAGAUCGUUUUGACGACAUAUCAGACGUUCCAUAUUCGAACGAUCUUCUUUGAGAAUGCAAAGGGGAAAGGGCGGGCAGACGACGGAGUCGAGGGUAGGGAUGAGGAGGAUGUUAGGAACGAUGGCGAGAAGUCUACACUAUCGACAGAAGAGCCUAGGACCAUAAGCACCAAGGCUGCUUGGGACCUCGCGCGGCUUGGAGCACAGCGCAUGGUCUUAAUUACGGCGACCCCAACCAUUAACAAGUCUAUUGAUCUAUACGGCAUGCUCAGUCUCAUUUGGAAUGGCAUGAGGAAUGACCUGGUAGACCAGCUACCAUUUAGUAUGGACGAUCCUAAGGAGGUGGGCGUUGGAGAUUACUGCGUAGCAACCGAGGCCAUGAGGUCUAAGGAUUCGACUUCAUUCAACUUAGAGGAACUUGUAGGCCUGGUUAAGUUUCUAAAUCCGGCUGCAUUCAAGCACAUCGUCGCGAGCGAGCAACAGUUAGGCACUAGGACUGCGUCCUAAAGUCCCUGCGGACACUGAUAUGCCAUAUUGGCAACAGUCGCUGUUCGCACCUUCAUUUUGGAGGAAAAUUACGCACUCUUGGUUAUCGAUGCGAGCAUGAUUGACGUGGAAGCAAAAUAAAUAGCAGCUGCAGUCCUUGAGACGAGGUUCACGAAAAUCUGAGAAGCCGUCCCCGCCGUGUUUCUUAGGGAAGUCGAGGACUUUGGAUUUCCAACGAGGCACAUCAUGGUCCGUCUAAAGGGUUCCGUCAGAUGGGGAGGCAGGCAACGCCUCGAAAUCGGCAGACUCAAAGGCUCCGCAUCACCCAGGCGUGUCUAUUUACGGUUGACUUGUAGUUUCGGUAGACAGGUG